AGCGCCGCAGUCUGAAGAAAAGUGAGCAGAGCCGGGAGCGUUCCGGACCACUGGAGCGGUGGGACCGACACCGACCGGACCCUUUGACCUCGAGGACUGUUUGUCCCCUAAAGCAAGAACAAAAUAACAAGGAAGUCACACAAAAAAAACAGCGAAAGGGGCAAAGCUCCGAUUUAAAGGCAAGAAACGGGAUCGCUGCGCCUCUUUGGACACGUUGGAUUUGCGCACGGUGGAUCUAUGAAGACGAGGACAGGUUUUCCACUCUCCACACCAGACUGAGGCACCAAGGAGUGAUUCACACCCUCCAUCCUCUUUCUUUUCACGCACCCCGCCAGCCUGCAGCCCCCAUGCCGGGCAUCAGCUCUGCCGCGCCUCGCUAUGAAAACUGGGACAUGGACCACCUGGACCACUACCAGCAUUAUUUCUACGAUGACCACGACCCGGACGAGGAUUUCUUCAAGUCCACCGCGCCCAGCGAGGACAUUUGGAAGAAGUUCGAGCUGGUGCCCACCCCGCCCAUGUCCCCCAUCCGGGCGGUGGAUGGGCCUGCCAAGUUUGGACUCCUUUACCCGUCGCUCGGGGACAAGCUGGAGUGGGUGUCCCAGUUCCUGGGGCAGGAGGAUGAACAGCAGCAGCAGGAUGUCCCCUGCAAGCUGGCGUCGGGCGGGGACUCCUUCGGCAACCUGAGCUCCAUCAUCAUCCAGGACUGCAUGUGGAGCUGCGUCUCGGCGGGGCAGCAGCUGGAGAAGGUUGUAGGGGAGCGCUUCGCCCCGUGUCCUGGAACAGGGGCGCCUGCUAAAGGUGCAUCUCCAGGACGGGCACAUGGUGCUCCUUCAGACGCCGGGACCGUCGGAGGCCUGGCUGUGGACUGUGUGGACCCGGCUGCAGUGCUCACCUUCCCGUUAUCCGGUGGAGGCAAGAAGCAGGUGUCCUCCGGUUCCGAGUCCCACACGGAUUCUUCAGAUGAUGAAGAUGACAAAGACGACGAUGAUGACGAUGACGACGAUGACGAGGAGGAAAUUGAUGUGGUGACCGUGGAGCACCACCACCAGCAGCAGCAGCGUAAACCUUGCCGACUGGUCGCCACCCGCAAACCAGUGACUAUAACGGUGCGUGCGGACCCCCAUGACCCUGGCACCAAGCGGUUCCACAUCUCCAUCCACCAACAGCAGCACAACUACGCUGCCCCCUCCCCGGACGUUCUGCCGGUGGCGUCUGAGCCGCCCCGGAAAAAGGUUCGACAGGAAGCCUUCGCUCCUGCGACACACCCUCACCUGAACUCUCUCCACCACCAGCCCCGCCUUGGCCACGCCCCCCUGAACUUGGACAGCCGGAAGUCGCACGUCACCGUGGCCGGAAUCAGGUCGGAGUCCCCCACCCUCAGCGCCUCCUCGCCCACCUCCUCCUCGUCGCCAUCGUCUUUACCCUACUCCUCCUCGUCUUCUCACCAGCUUCAGAGCUCGCCAUCAAAGCCCCCCUCCCACCUGUCGAGCCCCCAGUCCUCGGACUGCGAGGACACGGACAAGCGCAGGGCGCACAAUUUCCUGGAGCGCAAGCGGCGGAACGACCUGCGCUCGCGCUUCCUGUCGCUGCGGGACGAGAUCCCGGGCUUGGCGGACUGCCCCAAGACUCCGAAGGUGGCCAUCCUGACUCGGGCCACGGAGUACCUGCAGCAGCUGCACGCCGGCGAGAGGCAGAAGGCUCAGGAGAGGAAGCAGCUGAGAGCACGGCAGCUGCAGCUGCUGCAGCGGCUGGCCCAGCUCAAACGGUCCUGAACGACGGGAACCGCCACAGACACUGGGAGCUGAACUGGACUACGCAAAGGAGGAAAAAAAAAACACUAAUGUUCACUUUGAGUUGCUGGAUUGUUGCUAUUCUUCUUUUCUGUUUUGCUCUUUGCUUUGUGAUUUGCACAUUUAGCUUCCGAGGGCUGCCUGAUCAGAAAGUUAGGGACUGAUUCUCGGUUCCUCAAAGGUUUGUCAGACUGUUCUUUUUCCCUUUAUUUAAAGAUAAAAUAAUAACUUGCAGCAUGAAGGCCUGCUGAGAACAUCUUAUUUAAAAGAACCGCUAGAACCUUGGUGUUAACUGCUGCACUGGUCAAACUGCUCCAGUUGUGCCUGCACAGCUGCAAUGUUUCUGCACUCCUCUUUGCAGAUCUAAUAUUUACAGCCCCCUUUCCUUUAGUGCUCGACAUGUAACCACUACGUGUCAGGUUCAGCUCUGUUUCAGCUCUUCUUCCAAACAUCUAAUGUCCCCUCUCUCCUCAUCUCGCCUCCGUUUUUGUCGUCAGGGACGAUAUUAAUAAUAAUCUAAUUUUCACAUGUUUUGACC